AUGCCGGACUUCAAGAUCUCCGCCAUUUUGGAGGGCCACAGCGAUGAUGUUCGAGCUGUGGCCUUCCCAAGUACAACAACAGUUCUAACCUCAUCUCGAGAUGCAACUGUUCGCAUGUGGACUGUGAUAUCAUCCCCACCUCCACAAUUCGAUGACAAAAUUACCGUGCAUGGUUCAGCAUUCAUAAAUUCUAUAGCUUACUGCCCCCCAACAGAAGACUAUCCGGAGGGGCUGAUAUUCAGCGCCGGCCAAGAUACAAUAAUAGAAGCAAGACAGGCUGGGAAACCUGCGGAUGAUAACGCUGAUCGUUUGUUGCUCGGCCAUACCGGCAACGUAUGUGCUCUGGCUGUCUCACCGGACCGUAAAUGGCUUGCCAGUGGAAGCUGGGACUCAACCGGCCGUCUAUGGGAGAUUGGAAAAUGGAGUAAAGAGGUGGUUCUGGAAGGCCAUGGAGGUAGUGUUUGGGCUGUCCUUGCUUACGACAAGGACACAGUUAUUACAGGAUGUGCUGAUAAGCUCAUACGUGUAUUUAACACCUCUGGGAGUUUACAAAACACAUUCCGCGGCUGUGGAGAUGUUGUUCGAGCACUCUGCAAGGUCCCAGAUGGACACACAUCCGGUGCACAGAUAGCAUCCGCAGGUAAUGAUGGUAUUAUUCGGCUCUGGACGAUUCAAGGAAAGCAGGUUGGCCAACUCCAUGGACAUGAGAGCUUUAUUUACUCCCUCGCUGCCCUUCCGUCUGGUGAGCUAGUGAGUUCCGGAGAAGACCGGACCGUGAGGAUAUGGAAUGGCACUAGCUGCGUCCAAACAAUCACUCACCCGGCGAUAUCAGUGUGGAGUGUUGCUGCUUGCGCUGAGUCUGGUGAUAUUGUCUCGGGAGCCAGCGAUAGGGUCACUCGAGUCUUCAGUCGAGCUAAGGAUCGACAGGCAGAUGAAGCUACAACCCAGAUAUUCGAGAACGCCGUCAAGGAGUCCUCUAUCCCGCAAGAGCAGGUCGGAAAGGUCAACAAGGAGAAACUUCCUGGGCCAGAAUUCCUUCGGCAAAGAUCUGGAACAAAGGAUGGCCAAGUGCAGAUGAUUCGUGAAGAGGAUGGAAGUGUUACCGCUCAUACUUGGUCAUCUGCUUCCUCUCAAUGGGUCCCAGUUGGCACAGUUGUGGACUCCGUCGGGAGCAGUGGUAGGAAAGUUGAAUACAUGGGUCAAGAUUACGAUUAUGUCUUCGACGUCGACAUUGAGGAUGGAAAGCCACCACUUAAGCUCCCAUAUAAUCUGUCCCAAAACCCAUAUGACGUGGCAAAGAAAUUUAUCGAAACCAACGAACUCCCGAUAUCAUACCUAGAGCAGGUUGCCAACUUUAUAACGUCAAAUACUGAGCAGGUUGCCAACUUUAUAACGUCAAAUACUAAAGGAGCAGUGGUAGGCCCAUCACAGACAAAUGAAUCCACAUACCAACAGCCGUCUAUUCCGGACUCUCGACCACGAGUUUUACCACAAGCUUCAUACCUCUCUAUAACCUCUGCAAACUUGAAAGCUAUUCAAAAGAAGAUCUCCGAGUUAAACGCACAACUAGUGUCCUCUGGUUCUAAGGAUAUAUCCCUUUCUCCAUCUGAAAUGGAAGCCAUAUCUGCUCUUUGCUCCCGGCUUGGACAGCCCUCCACUUUAUCCAAAUCACCAGUCGUCAACGCAACACUUCCUCUGCUUGUUAAGAUAUCAACAAGCUGGCCCGUGGGAAAUCGACUCCCUGGACUUGAUCUCCUUCGGCUUUUAGCCGCCGCAUCUCCCAUACCAGCCACUUGGGAUCAAGGUGACGGUAACUUAGUAUCCGUGAUAAUAGCAAGCGGUGUAUUUGACGCACCUCUCAGUCCGAAUAACACUAUGUUAGCAAUCCGAAUGCUAGCAAAUUUCUUCGAAACAGACUCGGGCCGUACUCUAGUAGCCGGAUGCUUUGAGGAAGUCACAGGCAAAAUCGGGUCUGUCAUGUCUGAUUCUGUUGCUGCAGGCAAUCGCAACAUAACAAUUGCCGCAGCAACGCUAUAUAUCAAUUUCGCCGUUUAUCUCACGUCAAAAGAUAAAGCUAAUACACUAGAAGCCUCCGAGCAUGGACUGGUGCUUCUAGACCAACUGACCAAGGUUCUUUGCAACGAGAAAGAUUCAGAGGCCGUGUAUCGAGGGUUGGUCGCACUUGGGACGUUAGUUGUUGGUCUGGACCAUGAGAUAAAAGCGGCAGCGAAAGAGAUUUACGAGCUCGAUCGGACCCUGAAACGGGUUCUAGAUGCCGGGUUUGGGCGGGAACCAAGAGUUAAAGGUGUUAUAAGCGAAAUUAGAGAUGCAAUUAAUUAG